AUGGAGCUCCACUGUGAAACGGCAUGCAUGUAUUCCGCCCGGUUCUCAAGGGAUGAUGAUGAUGAUGAUGAUGAUGAUGAUGAUGAUGAUGAUGAUGAUGAUGAUGAUGAUGAUGAUGAUGAUGAUGAUGAUGAUGAUGAUGAUGAUGAUGAUGAUGAUGAUGAUGAUGAUGAUGAUGAUGAUGAUGCGAGACAGACAGAGUGCCAGAAACUACGACUGAAUGCUAGGCUUAACGACGCUCCACACCCGAGAUGGACGAGAUAA